UAGGUUGUGCCAGCGAGUGAAGACGGCAACUAGGACCAAGAGAGAAACUUCUCCUUGAUCAUCUUCCUGGCGGUAAGUAUCACUCAGUUACAGAUAUGUCGGUAAUAGAAAAAGUGGCAAGUGUGCCUACAACAAAUGUUGCUCCAGAGCGAGAUUUUGCUAUUCUAGACAGAUUAGUUAGAGAAAAGCCAAAUGCGUCUGUUGUAGCACUGGAGUCU